AUGGUUCUUUCUCAGAUUAUAAACCAAUUAGCGAACCCCACAGGAGGUCUACCCGGGGGGUUCGGGGGUAGAAGAAGGCAUCUCUUUAUCCCACCUUCCACCAACACUCCAUUAUUCUUGUAUGGUGAGGGCGAAGAUCGGUCGUUUAUUUCUCUCCCGGAGACAGAAAAUCACUCAGACUCCGAUGCUGCCAGUGUUAGUACAUCGAGAUCACUUCCCUCUACUUUGAAUUCGGCGCCAGCAAGUGAUCAAGAGUCUUUCCACAGUUGGUUGCAGGACGAAUCUGAAAGGAGAAGAACUAGCGGAUUUUACGCUAGUGAAGAUCGUUACGAAGAUGGCUCUGCUCUGCAUGAUGAGAUAGAUAGCACUGAAGGGAAUGCUCGUACUGGCAGAAAGCAUCGUAAUGUAAGAAGAGGUUCAUCUCUUUCAUCAUUGCUUGCUCCAAUGAUAGACCCAUACAGUGAACUAGAAGAUUAUGUCAAUUUACAAACCACACAUAUGAUAGAAUUGAAAAUGUUGAUUCGUUACUCCAUUCCUUUAAUUAUUGCAUUCCUUUUGGAGCAUUUCUUCUCAUUGGUUUGUAUGUUGGUAGUUGGUCACUUGGGUAAGAAAGAAUUGGCAGCUGUAUCGUUAGCAUCUAUGUCUUCCACCAUAACGUUGGGGAUCUUCGAUGGGAUUUCUACUGCCUUGGACACCUUGUGCCCUCAAGCUUAUGGUGCUGAGAACUAUGAAUUAGUUAGCAGUCACGUACAGAGAUGUACAAUGUUUUCGUUGGUUGCAUAUAUACCGUUUGGGUUCGUGUGGUGGUUUUCGGGUAAUAUUCUUCAGUUUGUCAUUGAAGAUGAUGAAGUUCUUUAUUUGACUCAGUUGUUUCUUAGAAUUUUGAUAUUGGGAGCACCAGCUUACAUAUUCUUUGCAUGUAGUCAAAGAUUUUUGCAAGCCCAAGGUAUUUUUGAAGCUAGUACUGGAGUGUUGUUUGUAGCUGCUCCUAUAAAUAUCUUUUUGUCUUGGUUUCUUGUUUGGAAUGAAACGUACGGUAUGGGGUACAUUGGUGCUCCCAUUGCUACCGUGAUCAACUUCUGGCUCAUGAGUAUACUAUUGGUCUUGUAUGUGGUGUAUAUUGAUGGAAAUAAGUGUUGGUUUGGGUUGAUUUCAUGGACCAAAAUGUUCCAGCAAUGGCCCGAAUUGCUGCACUUAGCAAUUCCGGGGGUUAUCAUGAUUGAAUCUGAAUCCUUAGCUUAUGAAAUCUUGACUUUAUUUGCUACUUAUUUCGGAACUUCGGCAUUGGCUGCACAAUCGGCAGUUCUGAGUAUAGCGGCAUUGGCGUACAUGGUACCGUUUGCUGUUGGGACCGCUUCACUGACCCGAAUUGCCAAUUUCAUAGGAGGACAAAAUCAAUACAGUGCCAAGAUAGCCACGCAAACUGGAUUGAUGUGCUCCUUUGUAGUUGCCAGUCUAAACGGGAUCUUCUUAUAUGCAUUUAAGAACAAAAUCGCUACCAUGUUCACUACUGCUCCAGAUGUUGUGGAAAUGAUCGUUGAGUUGAUCGACCCGUUGGUUGCUGUAAUUCAAUUGUUCGAUGGAGUGGCUGCAGUAGCCUCUGGUAUUCUUAGGGCUAUGGGUUUACAAAAAAUCGGUGGACUUAUCAACUUCCUUUGCUACUAUGCCGUUGGCAUUCCAAUUUCCUUACUCUUAAGUAGAUACUAUGACUUUGGGUUAGAAGGAUUAUGGAUCGGUAUUGGAGUAGGGAUGAUUUUGAUUGGAGGAACGGAGAUUUCGGUGAUAUUGAUGGCCAAUUGGGAUGAUAUUUUGACCAAAGCAGGAAUUAUGAAUGGACUUUACAAUGAAAUUGAUAUUAUAGAGAGCGACGAUGAGUGA